AUGGCUCUUCUCCUGCUACAGAUCCCCAACAUACAGCGCUUAUUGCUAGGAGGGUUGUCGCAUGGUGAUAUUCGCUUCCUCGAUCCAGUGUUCUUCAACACCUCGGCCUCCAUCGCAGAUCCAGCUUCUUCAGACGCCCACCGCUGUCGGCCCUAUCUGAGAGAAAUUAUCAGAAAGCGACUCAAAACGCGGUUGAACAAGCUAGAGAUCCCUUUCGGUGGGCUAUGGGACUCUGUCAACGGGCAUCAGACUUUCGAUUUGAGCGAGUACGCUCACCUCACACAUGUGACCACAUGCGUCGAUGAACUGAUGACGCCUAAAUGGACGGCAUGGGGAUCCGAGCCUGACUACGAACUUGGCGUACUGCCGAAGACGUUGACCCAUCUUACGCUCGGAGCCUCACCAUCUACACCCAUCAUCAAGUGGGGCGAGAGGGCAUGGGAGAUGACCGCGCAAAGUUACCCAACCGUGCGCGAUUGGAUCACACCGCUACGCAUGUCCAGGCACUCCAAGAUGUCGGAAUAA